GUUUUUUUCCCUUUUUCUUCAUAGAAUUUGUCAGCAUCGACCACUUGGUUUUACAGGACGUUUUCUUCCAUAGAGCGAGUUAAAGAGCGCACGCUUUUGUAAUGACAACAGAUGAAGUGGGGAGCCACCACCCCAAAUCAGGGGAGCAGGAGGAGCCUGUGCAAGAUUUGAGGUCACUCUCUGAAGAGGAGGAACAGCUUCAGCGGCAAAACCGCAACUCAGCUGGCCACAGACUUUCUCGCCUCUUCUCGUCUUUCCUGAAGAGGCACUCACAGUGUGACUCAGAGGCUGGAGAAAAGGAGAAGGUAGAAGAGGCUAAAGCCCCGAUCGCUGACCCUGAACCUGAACUGAAAACGAGGGGAGAGGUGGCCCCAGACCAGCGCUCACUCACCAGUGUAGAGGCUCAGGCUUUACAGGUUUGGAAAAAAGCAGCAAAAGAGGAAGAAGUUGAAAAAGAUAAUGAGCAAGAAGAGAAGGAAUGGGAGGACAAAGAAAAAGAAAGAAAGAAAUCCAGUCCUGAAGGAGGUGACAGAAGAGAGGAGAGAGAGAAAAGGGAGGAUGCCAAAGCUGUGCGAGCAGCACGUCGACCUAAAACCAUCCAGAUCAGAGUCACCCUGCUGGACGACACUCUGUUCGAGUGUGAGCUGGAGAAACAUGCCAAAGGACAGGAGUUGUUCAGAGCUGUGUGUGACCACCUCAACCUGCUGGAGCAAGACUACUAUGGCUUGGCUAUUUGGGAAACGCCUACCAUGAAGACUUGGAUGGACCUGACCAAGGAGAUUCGCCGGCAGGUACAAGGUGCAAAAUACAACUUCACAUUUAAUGUGAAAUUCUAUCCACCGGAUCCAGCCCAGCUUUCCGAAGACAUAACAAGGUACUACUUGUGUCUCCAGCUGCGUAAGGACAUCCUGCAGGGCCGCUUGCCCUGUUCCUUCGUCACUCUAGCCCUGCUGGGCUCCUACGCCUUGCAGUCAGAGCUGGGCGAGUAUGAUCCUGAACUACAUGGCAGUGACUACUCUAAAGUGGUGAAGCUGACCCAAGGUCAGUCAAAGGAGCUCGAGGACAAAAUGAUGGUGCUGCACCACACAUACCGGUCAAUGAGUCCAGCCCAGGCAGAUCUGAUGUUCCUAGAAAAUGCAAAAAAGCUCUCUAUGUAUGGAGUGGACCUCCACCAGGCUAUGGAUUUGGACGGUGUUGACAUCAUGUUGGGCGUUUCCUCAAGUGGGCUGAUGGUCUACAAAGAUAAACUGAGGAUCAACCGUUUUCCCUGGCCAAAGGUCCUCAAGGUUUCAUAUAAGCACAGCAACUUUUUCAUCAAACUGAGACCAACAGAGGUGGAGCAGUGUGAAAGUGCCAUUGGAUUCAAAUUACACAACUGCAAGACAGCGAAGAAGCUGUGGAAAGUGUGUGUUGAACAUCAUGCAUUUUUCAGGCUGCCUUCCACUGAGAUGGCUACCACUCCCAAGAAGUUCCUGCCACUGGGCUCCAAAUUUCGCUACAGUGGUCGGACUCAGGCUCAGACCCGGCAGGCCAGCUCUCUCAUUGACAGACCAGCUCCACUGUUUCAGCGCUCAUCAAGCAAGAGGAACUCAUGCAGCCUGGAUGGAGACAUAGGGCCCACUCCUGACAACAGAUCUGCUCGUCCAGUCAGCGACCCCGUCAUGACACCAGCAUCUCCAGGAGAGAUGGACUCAUCCCCGCUGCUGCCCAUGCUGUCUCACACCAAGCACUGUGGCAACUCCACACACAAGGCCCACCCACCCGUCUCUGCAGACAGGAAGUCAGACAUGAACAUGGGCGGUCAGUCAACUGAAGCCACUGUCCUGCACAGUCCCACACAACAGAUGACUCCAAAAGUCAAGGCUCUGGUUAGGAGAGACCGGCGGCGCUCCCCUGCUGUGACUACUAACGGGGACAAGGACAAAAAGAACAAGAGAAGAGUGAAGAAACUUGAAGGUGAAACGAUUUAUAUCAGACACAGUAAUUUAAUGUUGGAGGAUGUGGAGAAGACGCAGACUGAGAUUAUGCGUCACCAUACUAGCAUCAGCGAGUUGAAGAAGAGCUUCAUGGAAUCCCUCCCAGAACCACGGCCCAGUGAGUGGGACAAGCGUCUCUCCACCAACUCCCCCUUCCGCACUGCCACACACCUGCAGCCAGCCCUUGGGGACAGCCUGGCAGAGAGGGACUCAGGAGUGCUGCUGAGUGCCCAGACAAUCACCUCAGAGACCAUCAGCACCACCACCACCACUCAGAUCACCAAGACUGUAAAAGGAGGCUUUUCUGAGACUCGCAUUGAAAAGAGGAUCGUCAUCACUGGAGACACGGAAAUUGACCACGACAAGGCUUUGGCUCAAGCCAUUAAGGAGGCAAAAGAGCAGCACCCAGAUAUGUCUGUGACCAAAGUGAUUGUGCACCAAGAAACUGAGAUCAGCCCAGACUAAGAUGGACACCACCUCUGCUUGUGUUUUCGUUGCACAACUUUACCUCGGAGCCCCAAUCGCCGUGAGCCGACGCUGCACUUUGAACUCUGGAAUAAAGGCAAAGGAAACAACACAACCAACUGUAUUUCUCACACUCUGCCUCUUGCUCCAUUUACUGCCAAAAGAUUACUCAC